ACCUUGCCUAAAGAGGCAUUCUCCAACUGCUUCCAGGAAUGUUAGGAGAGCUGUAGCAAGUAUGUUUAUUCCGAUGGAUGCUAUUUCGAUGUAUGGUCAGAUCAACAUUCAGUAGGAAUGACAUGCAGAAGGGAAUCGGAAGUUGAGAAGAGAAAGAAGCUCCCAUUCUUGGCGAUGUUUGCUGUUUAUUAUUGGCGAAAAUCUACAACCCUGCGGCUGAUGACAGAUUUCACCGCAACACCAAGCUCUUUCUUAAGAACUUGACGUAAUGAAGAUGAGAAGAAACAGAUUUUAAAUAAAGGAUUAAAGUCAUUUUCGAGGAUUCUGGCUGUUCUUUGUUUCUGCACAAUAUAUGAUUAUUCACUUAAAAGAAAAGCCAGAGGAAAGCAAUUAAAUGUUUUGGAAAUCUCUUCUUUUGGAUAAAGCAUCUUGAUCAUAUAUUAUCACAAUUUUGAGACUUAUUAUGACUACCAAAAGACGUAACUGUUGCACCAGCAUCAUUGUUUUAGUUUAUGGAUUUAUUCAAAUUUCGGACGCAGCAAAAUGUCACUCUGUAGUUAACGAAUGUGAGUGUUUUCCUACUUUCGACUUGUUUAAUAGUACAUCAAAUAAUUCUGUGGCAAUAUGUGCAAAGAUUUCCACACAAAGUAUGACAUGGAUUGAGGCAGAUACUGCUUGUAAAGAGGAACUCAGUUAUUUAAUAAGCGAAGUAACAGAAAAUUCUUCUUUGCACAUCAAGCUCCAAGAAAAAGAUGUGAAAAUAAUGUGGAUAGGUAUCAGAAGAGAAGCUGGGUUUUACAUCAAACGGCACCCCAAACCAGAACUUUUUCAAGAAUCAACGAAAUGGGGUUUCAAGUGGGAAGAUAUAGAACUAGAGCAUGACUGUGUAGCUUUGAAUGUUACAAGUGGUUUGCUCUUUACGCUUCCUUGCUCCAAGCCUCUAAUGUUUACUUGUCAAAGCCUGGACACAGAACCAUACCCAGAAAAAAGCAUAAUAUGCGAAGAUGAUGGGAAUGUUUCAGUGCGUAUACUUCCAUCUAAAGACGCAACGAUCCCAUCACAGUUAAAUGAUUGCUGGUCAGUGAAUUCUGCGAUGGCUUUUGAGGCAGGAGCGGCGGUCUGCGUAAAAGAGGAAGAAUUGAUAAAAUUAAUCUCAGUAGUAUCUCCGUGGUUGAGGACUGGAAGCAGAAGCCGGUUAACUGCUCUUUAUAAAGCACGUUGCGUUAAAAUAGAAGAAGUGGAGCAAGAGAAAGUACCAGACUGCACUAAUGUAUUUGAUUUUGAUUGUUUGCACAAACGCAGAAAUGAUCGUAAUAUGAAAGUGUGGAUUUCUCCCGAAAUUUCAGAGUCCAUUCCAAGUAUAGAUUAUAGCAAGUAUAUUUUGAAGUGCAUUGUACAGAUCGACGACAGAGUUUUUGACAGUAAAAAUGAUUACCUCAGAUAUCAGUGGUAUAAGAAUAAUGUUCCUAUUUCUCAACAAGAUUUCCUUUUCGGCAUAAAUUUUUACGCUGAUCAUUUAAAGAAUAACUUCGAAAAAACUGUAAGACAAGGAUCGUAUAAAUGUGAAGCUCGAUUAAGUUACUCUCAAAAUGCUACUUCAUCACAAGAAAUUAACUUCUUAUUUUCAGAUAUUUCAACUUACCUUUUCAUCAUACGUGGGAUAUCACGCCAAAGGUAUAGAGACUUUUCACAACUUGAAUUCAAAUCCUUGAAGAAAAAUAUCACAAAUUCCAUGUCAACGUUUCUAAAAGCUGUGAAUGUAUAUAAAAUAAUGUGGGAUUUUCACAACAUAAGUUUACAUGAAAAUUUUGUGUCUGUCACACUUCUUUUAUACAUAAACUGGACAGAAAGCUGGAACAAAUUGGGAAUACAAAAUGGCCAUGAAGUAUACAGGAUCCUGAAAAACGCUCAAGAAGAAAACGUUAGAGUUUUCCAAGACUGGGGAAAUGUUUCAUUUGAACUUCAAAGCGUUGGUACUUGCUUCGAAGAAAAUGUUCCGUUGACAGAAUUAUCACGAAAACUGACAUGGCCUGAUACAUCUCAUACGAAGAAUGCGGUAUCGGAUCCAUUGUGCUUGAAUAAUUGGAAAUUGGAGAAAAGAGUGUGUCAGGCGAGCUUCUAUUAUGGAGCUCAAUGGUCUUCUUUCGACUACAGCCAGUGUACAAGCUUUCAGCCUCAAAUUAAAGAUUUUAGUAGUCAGUGUCCUGUCGGUUUCAAGAAAAUUAGCAAAAAUCUCUGCUAUGAAAUACACAACGAGAAAUAUGAUUGGGAUACUGCGAAUGACGUAUGUGCCAGGACAUCAAGUCGUAUUCUGACUAUUGACACAUUGAAUCAAACUAACCUUUACGCUGCUAUGGAUUUAAGAACACAUUAUUGGAUCGAGGGGAAAGAUUCAUUCAAAAACCCUCUUCUAGCAGAAUAUUCCAAAAGUGACUUUGAACAUGAAUUGUGUUUCAAACCAGUCAGAACGAAUGGUCAACCAACAAAUGGAUCAAGACAAGAAGAAUUUGAUUGCUUUUCUACUAUUGGGUUUUAUAAUUUUCCAACAUAUCCAUGUAGUAAAAAGCUGUCUUUCGUUUGCAUUCAUCAACCAAUAAAAUUGCUCAGUUCUAAUAUUUUCUCUAAAACUUGGAGAAAACUGACCAACAGUGAUACUUGUUACUUAAUUGAGAACGAAAAAGUACAUUGGCAAGAAGCGAGCGACUUAUGUCAGAAAAUAGAUAAAGAUUCAUAUCUUCUCCGAAGUAUUCAGAAUCCUGAAGUUUAUUCCAGCUUUAAAAUGCUUUUAGGUGACCAUUUUAAGCAUUCAGAAGAUAUGACAGCUUCAUGGUGGAUUAAUUUAGUACACGAUGGUGAUGGAUUUAAAUGGCUGAACUCAAAUCGCACUGAGCUGGAGUUUGUUGAUUGGGAUUCACGGACAGACUUUAGCGCUGUUAAUUCAUAUGGCUUAUUAUCUCUUAGGAAACUUCCAGACAAAAAGAUUCGUUGGAACUUGGACAAUAGAGAUGCCACACAUGGAUACAUUUGUGAAAGACAUAAUUGCAAAGAUACUCGUCCAACAGUUGCAUACAUUGAAGACAGAACUCAGGUGACACAAAAUUCAUCAACUGAAAACGAAACUAGUUUGCUGGGAAUACUCGAUUUCCGUUGCGUCCCAAGUGGCUGGUAUUUGACCAACAGCGUACUUUGGUUUAAAGAUGGCACUUCUGUCACAUCAGAUGGAGAUAAUUCACGCUUAACAGUGCCUGUUUUCCCUUGGAGUAUAGCCUUGCAAGGUUAUUAUUGGUGUUCUGUGGAAAAAGAACAACCGCUUGAAAGAAUCGUAUCAUCUAAAAUCCUCUUCAGAAUGCCUGGAGUGCACACUUACGCACUUUCUUUGUUAUCCAAAGAUAAAAAUAUUUGGUCUGAAUGGUAUGGCUUUUUAUUUUCUGGCUGUGAACAACCGACAGAAUUUCUUUCAGCUUUAGCAAAGGUCUUGCCUGGAUCAGUCCAGAACAUUACAGUUAAAAAUAUUACUUACGAUGUACACAGUUCUAAAGUAAAUACCCAUUUACAUCUUAUUUAUCCAGAAUCAGCAGGAGAUGAAGAAACUUUAUUGGAAGAAAUAAAACUAGCAUUUAAUUCAAGUUACAAGCAUAUUGACAGAUUCUACAAAAUUUUCUCUAUUGCAAAGGAAAGCAUUAUGGUCAGAAGCACAGUGGCAUGCCAGCGGAGUAGAACCAUCAUUAAUGCAACAAAACUAACAUGGCCAUCAACGCCUAUUGGACAAACAGCUAUUUCGGAAGAGUUGUGCAUAAAAGGUGAUGGAAAGGCUGUGCAACGAAAAUGCUUAGGAGACUUUAAUAGUGGAGCAUACUGGGGAGCCGUUGUUGACCAAUGCUAUGAAAGACCCACAAAUUUAACUGUAAAUCUCUACAAAUUAUCAAAUCGAAAAAUAACAGAAGAUAAUAUUUUGGAUUCUGCAAAAACAUUGUCAAAGCUUACUUCAUCGCCUGAAGAACUGGAGCCAAUAGAUAUUAACUAUAUAGUGCGGGUUUUGGAAAACAUUGCCAAAAUUCCUUCCACCGACCCUCAAGUUCUUCAUUAUGCUGUCCAGAGUGUCGAUGGUAAACCUGAAAAUCAUUCUGUCUUCUUCAAAAAGGAAAUAUCUUCAAGCACAUCCUAUAGAAUCACAAAUGCUUUGGAAAGUAUUGCGAUGAACGUAAACGUAAGAGGGAAAGCAUUGGAAGAAUCAGGAGAUAACAUUGCUGUUAACAUUCUUCCAUUAAACUCUGAGGACAAACGUAUCCCAGUUGGUGCCGUUUUCAGAAACUGGACUCUGAGCUGGAUCAAUUUAUUCAAUGGAACUGCAACACAAGAUUUCGAAAACAAGUUCAAUAAUGCAUUGACAGGCGUUAUUCUUCCAAGCUCUUUGGUUGUUCAAAAAAUGGCCGAAAAUACAGAUCGUACUGUCUACAUGGCAGAAAGAAGUAAUUUUCUUAUACGCAAAGAAGCGUAUGUUACACAAGUGCUUCGAGCUUCUCUUGGAAAGGAUCCCAUAUAUGACAUCCAUCCACCAGUGCGAAUGUUCUUUAGAAUAACUCAGGACAUUAAAUGGAGUAACUUUGUCUCUUCGAAUUGCGCGUUCUGGGACCACAGACUGAAUAGAAAUGCUGGUGGGUGGUCGUACAAAGGAUGUAUUACUCGGCCUGUUACUGACAUGAAUAUAAUACAUUGUUCAUGUAAUCAUUUAACAAGCUUUGCUGUCAUUCUGGAGAUGAAACCUGGCAAUGAGAUUUCAGAAAUCCAUAAAGCUACGCUUAGCAUUAUAACUUAUCUCGGUUGCAUUUUGUCGAUUUUUGGACUCGGAAUGAUUGUACUGACAUUUUGUGUGUUCAGAAAAUGGCGGAAAGACACGAAGCACAAAGCUCUAUGCAAUCUUUCAAUAGCUUUGCUUUGUUUCCUUGUCAUAUUUUUGGUCGGUAUAGAAAGAAAGGAUUCUAAAUACAGAUGUUUAGCAGCAUCUAUUCUUCUUCAUUAUUUCAUCAUCGCAUCGUUUGCAUGGAUGCUUGUAGAGGCAAUCAUACAAUACUUUAGCCUGGUGAAAGUCGUUGGAACCUACAUACCUUGCUUCAUACAGAAAGCUAUGCUGUUUGCUUGGGGUACGCCACUGUUAGUAGUUGCACCUGUUGUGGGGAUUAACUAUGAACUCUACAUUAGAAGAAAAAAUUUCUGCUGGCUGGCGGAUGAAACCUUCUAUUACGCAGUUACGCUUCCGGUGCUCAUAAUGUUAACAGCUAAUUUCAUAAUUUUUGGGUUGAUUUUAUACUCUACGACUUGCGGACGACCGAAAAAGUACCUAAGGAACAAUCAGAAUGACAGGAAAGAAGCCAUAACCCGUGCAAAAGCAGUAUUCUGUGUCUCCUUAUUGCUAGGUUUAUCUUGGAUUUUUGGAUUUUUAGCCAUUGAAGACGCUAAGUUAAUAUUCCAGUAUUUAUUUGCCUUUACGACUACGUUACAAGGGUUCUUUUUAUUUAUUUUCUUUAUUUUGCGUCAGAGAUCUGCCCGUGAGCUAUGGAUAAAUUGCCUUCUUUCUUGUGCAGCGCCUGAAAAAGCCCACCUUUCCUACAUAACGGGAUCUACUGAUGCUAUCACAACUAGAUAUAAUAAAAACAGCAUAGGCAGAACUCGUGAAAGCAAAAUUGACAAAGUUGCAUUCAAAGCAAGCUUGCCUUAUAUAUCAUUCAACGAACACUUCUGAAUGCAGUGAACGUUUCUGAAUAUCAUUCGAUCUGAUUUGUUGCUUCUUCUUCUUUUAACAAUACAAGCUUCACCGCUAUUGUUUCACUUAUAGACAAAACUCUAUUUUCAGCUGCAAAACAGUGCUGCACAGAUUAAACAUGUGUAUAUAUUUAACCAUUAAUUCGCAUCCAUUUUAUAGCUAGUUUUAUUUAGCUCUCUGUACUUCUGUAGCAGCAAAAUAAUUCGUAAUAUUUUCAUGUCUCAUUGGGACUUAUUAAUGCAAUUUAUAACAUUCUAACUGGUGUAAAUAAUUUUACUGCUUUAUCAAACCCGCCUCACCACAUCACAUAAAGUCUCACCAAAUUUGCAAGUUAAACUUCGAAGCCCCCAAUGUCAUCAAAUUAUUUACUCAUCACUUGGGUUAGUGACUAUUUACUGGUUAUUUAAAUACGAUCAUCGCAAAAGCAAACAAUUGUCAUAGUUUAUUUGUAUUUUUUUCCUUUUACAGUUCUUAGACUUGUAUACAUUUAUUCCAUUUGAUAUAUGUAGCUAUAAUGAUCUUCGGUAUUUGUAGUUGCAGUACAACGAUUUCUAGAACUUCGCUGAAUUCAGACCACAUUUUCAAAUUUCAAUUUUCUUCCUGGCUUUUUUCUCUUGCUAAAUUAGUUAGUACUGAAAAAAUUAAUUUACAUACAUCUUCAUACGCGAAUUGUUAUAAAAGUAUGUACAAACUCUCAAAUGAUAAUAAAUAUGUUUCUGAUUAUGAUUAAUUAUUAAAAUACAAGUAAAUAAAAUUUGUAGAUGAAUAAAUGCAUGAAAAUUAAAAUUCUGUAUAUUUCUUUUUGCUUAUUAUGUUUCUCAGUUUAAAAAUUAGUCUGCUGGAAAUUCUGGAAGUAUCAUUUUGGAAUUCGAAAAAAACUGCAAAAUAACGCUGCGUCGCCAAAUAUUGUCAUAUUUUACAAAUUUUCAUUUGCUAGGUCCAUGAUUUUAGAAGCUAAUUUUUGAUCAUAUAUAUUUUUGCACGAGCAAUUUCAUAUAAUAAAUUAAAGUAUCAUAUAUAUUAAAAAAUAUGAAGAAGCUCAUUGCUGACGGGACUUUUUUAUCAGUGACGCAAAAAGUUUGGUAUCUAACACGAAAAUUCAGUCACAAGACUAAAUAAAAAAAACAAUCCUUUAAAUAUUCAUUUUAUAUAGUAACAUUAUUGCACAGAUGAUACUGACAAAUAAAAGAAUUAGAAAGAAAUCCUGUUAAUAUGUUGCGUAAUGAAGGUCUAUUAAUACUAAUAUUGUAAAUACCAGAUAACCAAGAAAGUUCGUGCAGUUUUCGUCACUCAUGAAAAACGGCCCACAAAAGUCUUAACCACCCAUUUUGCUCUUCGAAAUAAUCACUCGAAGUAUUAAACUCAUUGGAAACAUCUAAAUGAGAUACAAGCUCAUAAACGCCCUUUUUGAAAAAUUCCUUUUUUUCUGGAGUCCAAAAUUUUGAUGCACCCUUUGUGACAUUGUUGGGUUUUUAGAACUGCUGCUCCCGCAGGUGUUAUCCAUGGCCGAAAACAGAUAAUAGUCCGAUGGGAUAAUGUCCAGGAAAUAGGGUGGCUGAGGCAGAACUUCCCAGUCUAGUGCUUGGAUCACCUCUCUGGUCGCUUUUGCCGUAUGAGGUCUAGCAUUAUCGUGGAGGAGAACUCUUCUGUUGACCAGUACUGGCUCCUUCGGGUGCAGUGCAGCUGAAACUGUUUGCAACUGUGACAAGUAGACCUCGGCUGUUAUGGUUUUUCCGCUUCUAGAUAAUCAUAGCGGACUAUGCCAGCGCUGGUCCACUACACAUACAGCAUUGCCUUCUUUUGAUGAAUCUCCGGUUUAGCGCCCAAUUAGACCGAAUCAGAAGUCGGCCAAUGACGUUUCCUUUCCCGGUUAUCAUACAUGAUCCAUUUUUCGUCACAUGUCAAGAUUUGGUUCAGGAACGAGGCUUUAUUAUUUAUUAUGGUGCAAUAGCAACGAAAAGCAGAUAUUCAACCGUUGGAGCUUGGUUUCCUCGGACAGGCCAUGAGGGACCCACUUGCUUAUUUUCCAUGUCAUCCCAAGAUUAUGAUGAUGUGAUCGAAUGAUUUCGUCAGAUACUCGAAACCUCUAUGUAACCUUCUGGAGGGUUUGAUGAGGAUUUUAAUUAAUGUUUAAUUUCUUCCUCCAGCUGGACUUUGUCGAGAGUGGAUGAACGACCAACGCGGGGCUUGUCUUCAGGGCUUUCGUCUUCGGACGAAAAUCGUAUCGACUCCCUAACUUCCCCUGAAACGUGGAGCAUAUUCUUCUAGCGGCCUCUGCAGCUUUGUUUCCUAAUUUGUAUUCGAAAAGCAAAAUAGCUCUCAAGCUCCUUUUCCAACAAGAUGUUCUUUUAAAGAUUGCGCUUGCUACAAACCGAUAGCGAAACGUGCAAUACACUGAACAACUCUCUACUGAAAAAGUUUGAAAGGAAUGAAAACAUGUGAUUUAUCAGGAAUAAUUUGACCACACUAACGAGCCAAAAGUAAAUGUUCCUAAAAACAGCGUGAAUUUUCUUGAUUACUUGGUAAUUGAUAUCAUUAUAUUAAAAGCAAUGUUUGUAGAAUCACCAAGCUUACUAAAACAUUCUUGUAGAGUUUUUCUACAUUAAACUAACUCAUGCUAACUUUUCUAGCUUGGAAAAUUUUUAAUAAAGAUUCAGAAUUCAA